AUGGCAAAGCACAAACGUUCGCACAAAUCUUCUAUAACUUCUUUUAUUCAAAUUUACCUUGCGUUCACGUUCCUAUGCUUGCUUCUCUCUUGCAAGUUUGCCACAUCUACCGAAUAUCGUGCAAUUGACGGCACAGGAAACAAUCUGAAUUAUCCUACUGCUGGUGCAACGGGUGAUAAAUACCUUCGUGUUGACUUGCCCACCGCAAACUUUGUUGAUGGAAGGAGUCAGCCUCUAAAGACACCAACCGAUGGAGUAUUGCCUGGUACUGCCAUAAACUCUAGCUGUACAGAUCAAUUAGCAGCAGAUGUAUACCCAUUGCCAAGAUGUGUGUCAAACAUUGUGUCGAGAUAUGGAACAAAUCUUAUAGUCAACGACAGUAAAGUUCCCAUUUAUAAAAGCCUUCGUAAAACUUCACACAUGAUCACAUUCUUGGGGCAAUACAUCUCCUACGACACGAGUGCAGCAGUUGAAAAUAUCAACCUACCGACCUAUAUAUAUGCACCUCUCGAUGACGCAAACUAUAACCCUCCUGGCUCUCCUCCUGCAAAUAUAAUGACUGCAGGUCCCGAUCUCGUUGCUUACCCUAAUGCUGGCGUACUGAGACAAAAUCGAUCUUAUUAUGAUCCCGCAAACCCCACGUUCGGAGUAAAUGGUGUAACUGGAUUCCUCGAUUUAAAUCCUUUGUAUGGUUCGACACUUGAACAGUCUAAUGCAGUAAGAGAUACGGCUUCUCAACGCGGAAAAUUGUUGAUGGUGAAUGGCUAUUCUCCAUGGAAUGACACAACAAGAACUUUUAAAUUAGGUGGACCAUUUGCUCGUUCACAAAACAUCUUUACACUGGCCAUCAAUACUAUAUUUCUUAGGGAACAUAACAGAUUGUGCGAUUGGCUGUACUCGAUCAACAGCACGUGGACCGACGAGCAAUAUUUUCAAGAAGCUAGGCGAUGGAAUAUUGGACAGUAUCAAAAGAUCGUGAGCGAAGAAUAUCUGGGAAUUGUAACUGGACGUCCCUUACCACCAUAUUCGGGCUAUAAUCCGAAUCAACAACCCGGAACAGACUUGUUUUUCAGUAUUGUUGCGUUUAGAUAUGGUCACAGUGAGAUUAGUAACACGUACAACAUAUUAAAUAUCAACGGUGAAACUCUUGCCGAACUUCCAUUGUCUGAUACAGUAAGAUUUGAUCUUUUGCUUCGGGUCGGUUUGGGUCCUAUUCUUCGAUCGAUGGCCAGUCAACGACAAGAAGAGGUUGACGCAUACGUGUCGGAUGGGUCGAGGGCAUGGACUGGUGCAAAUAAACUAAAGUACGAGAUUGCGGCAUUUGAUGUUUCGAGAUGCAGAGAUCUUGGUAUCCCUCUUUACAACGACGCCCGCGCAGGUUUUGGUCUUGCGCGUAAAAAUUCGUUUGCUGAGGUCACCUCAAAUGCAGAAAUUGCGGCCAGACUCCAACAAGUUUAUGGCACUGUCGACAAGUGUGAAGCGUUUGUCUGUGCGCAUGCCGAAGAUCACGUUGCUGGUGCCAAUGUUGGGGAGCUUGUCUACACGGCUCUCAUCCGACAGUUUGAUCGCUAUCGCGUUACUGACCGAUUCUGGUUUCAAAAUUAUUUCAGUACCACUGAGCAAUUGACAUUCCGUAACAGAACCUUUAGAGAUGUAAUAGUCGAUAAUUUGACACCGGAUGAACUGCCGGAAGGCAUAACAUUUCCUGCAAGCAUUUGGACUGUUUUGCCACCAACUGACAGUAGUCUCAGCAAUGCACCAAAUCCUAUAACCGAUCCAUAUCCAGGAGACAUGACUAGAUGGCCAGAAUAUCAAGUACGCUUUGGCGUCACGGAUAAGACUCUACAAUUUUUAAUCAAUUUUGCAACUGAAAGCGGAAAUGGCUGGUUUGGUAUAGGCUUUGGUCCGUCCGAUAAUGGCAUGACAGACGCUGAUUUUAUCAUAGGAACGGUGUCAUCUGGUUCGGCCAGUUUAGGGAAUUACAUUUCCAAAGGAUACCAACCACCAGUUCUUGACUCGGGUCAUCAAGACUUUCAAUUGACCAGCACGACACUUAACGGGUCCGUUUACCAGAUUGAAUUCAAUCGUCCCCUCGCAGCAGCCAGUUCAGGCAGAAAGGCGAUCACAGAAGGGCAAAUGAAAAUGAUCAUGGCUUUCAACCCUACGACUAACGUUGUUACAUAUCACGGACCCAGAAAUAGAGCCAGGCAGCUUGUUGAUUUUAGUCUCGGCAAGGUUAUUAACUUACAAGAUACAGCUAUAGCAGCUUCUCCAGAGAGACAACGGCAGACCAGAUUGGCUCACGGGUUUGGAAUGUUUACAAUAUUCUGCAUAAUCUUUCCAACCUCGAUUUACGUUAUCAGAUAUUACAAACAUACCACGUUCUACUUAAAGUUUCACAGGAACAUGCAAUUGUUUGGCGUGUUGCUUGUUGGCACAUUUGGAGCUGCUGCCAUUGCCACUAUCGCCAACCUACAAACGAAUCACGCAAAAAUUGGAUUAGCAGUCUAUAUCGGUACUUUCCUUCAAAUGUCAUUUGGAUUGACUACUUAUUGGUCACAACAGAAAAUUGAAUCAGUUAACGAAGGUCUUCUCAGAGUUGUUAAAAGAACGCAUCGAUACUUUGGCAUGGUCCUUAUGAUUACAGCAUGGUUCUCUCUAUACUUGGGCAUUAACGUAUAUUGUAUCACAUACGGUGCAGAUAAGGUUCCCUGGCAAGGGGCUUUGAUUGGUGUUGUCGCUUUGAUUUGUUUGAUUUUCAUCGGGGGUCAAAUCUGGAAAAUCAUGGGUGGAAAAUGUCGGAUCAAGGCCUGUACCGGAGCUGAAGCAGAAGAGAAGACAGUUGACCUAUUUUUUGAUGCCGCAGGACUUAAUGCGAUGCCCGACUUUACGUGGGAUCAAGUUAAUGAGGGUGUGCAGAGAGGAGCGUUUUUGGUUGUCUGUGAUGGAUUUGUGGCAGAUAUUAGGAGAUGGAUUCAUUCACAUCCGGGUGGUGAGAAGAUAUUGCAUCGCGUUAUUGGCACGGAUAUAACUAAUGACUUUUACAACACUCACAGGCCAACAGCAACACCAAAGGAAGAGAUAGAUCCGGACCCCAAUGCCACAGACAAAAAUGACAUGAUGGCGUAUUCAAAAGGAGCCCAUCUCGUGAGCCCUGUGUUAGGACGUUAUACACAUCUGUGGGAACAACAGGCUCUUGACCCUGAUCAAAAACUUCGCAGACGCAAAACGAUGUCUGCAAAGAUUGACGAUUUCAACAUUGAACGAUUCCACAAAUCAUCCGAGCCGAUCGCCAGACACAAGCACACGAAUUUCGCAGUGAGACAAUUCGCUGGCAUGGUAAUUGGAAAAAUAAAGGGUGACAGUUACGAUGAAAGGAAUGUUGAAAAGGCUGACGAUGCACCGCCGACGCCAACAUCAGAACAGUCUUACUUUAGACUGCAACAACCGUUCUUUGUCACGGAUCUCAAAAAGGAUACUUCAGUUAGAGUUUUCAAAAGAUAUCAGCUGGUUGAAAAAGCUUUGGUUAAUGGCGAUCCAGAACGUCCUGUCAUAAAAUUCACUUUUUCUAAACUUCAUCAAUUGAAAGACUCCGAAGGUGAUCGCAUUAUCCCGGGAGAUUACAUCGAAAUCCAAGCCCGAGUUAAGGGUCAAGUGGUUGUCCGUGCUUACACUCCAGUUGAAGGCCGAAUAUCACGCAGGUUCUCCAUUAUUGUGAAAGUAUAUGAACAUGGUCUAAUGUCUCAGCACCUAGCUCAUCAAAGAAUUGGAUACGAACUCAAAGUUCGGGGACCGUUUGAUUUGUUGGAUCGUCGUGGAGUGACCCAUAUGACGCAGAAUGAAUUAUCAACUAUUAUGGGACGUAGAUUCAGUUCAACACAUAGUGUAAUAUCUAAUUUAUCAGCUGGGUCAAGUACGACAGGCAGAUCAUCAGGCCACUUGCUGUUGAAUCCGAACAGUUUUGACGGUUGUUGGGAUCAAUUGGUUAUGAUUGCCGGAGGAAGUGGGAUUACACCAAUGGUUCAGUUAAUCAAUUUCCAUCUAAAAGUUCUCGCCACCAGUCGAGAUCGCCACAUUACUAUGCAUCUACUCUUUGCAAAUAAAAGAGUUGAAGAUAUCAUUAUGGGUCUCGAACUUGAAAGUUUGGCGGCAAACUCUAAAGGAGCACUGACAGUUACCUAUAUGUUGAGCAAUCCACCAACAGUGGGUCACGAAUGGGAAGGUUUGCAUGGACAUGUUACUACUAGUGUGUUACAUACGUGGUUAUUGCAUCAUGGAAUGAAUACGCAUACAGUGAGUUUUCCGAGAAGCCCGACUGCUUAUGACCCAACGGGACAACUCGACGAAAGAUACAGCCCGACUUUGAGAGCUGGUGAAGUGACUGGUAAUUACGAUGGAAAAGACAGUCAGAAAUUAGCUAUUCGUGACCAAUACGAUAUGUCUGAUCAACCAGAUUUAACUAAUCACGAAGUAGUUACUACUAUCAACAAAGGAACACAAGAUAUUAUCACGACUGAAAGAACCUCCCCAUCGGAAGGUUCAACUAACUCUGGAUCACCAAAUAGCAUGCGACCUCUUCCCCAACCUCCAACAAGGCAGCCAAGUCACUCUUAUUCAAGGGGAGCUUCAUUUAAUUAUCUUAUGGUGCAGAAAAAAAUCGUUGCUUGCGGUCCAGCAGCCAUGUUGGAUAAAAUUGGUGCAAGUUUGAAGGAGAUGGGAUAUGCGGAUGAUGAUUAUAUUCUACUUUACUGA